UUGCCGAGGCUGGGGCGACACUGCCGGGUCCCUGCUGCUAGCAAUCAGCAUGCGUCUCCACCUGCUCUUGCUGUUGGCGCUGUGCGGGCCGGGCUGCGCGGUGGCCGGUCCGAGCUUCAGCUUGAGGGGGAGCUGGCGGGUGAGCAACGGUAACGGCUCCCUGGUGCUACCCGGAACUGUCCCGGGCUGUGUGCACAGCGCCCUGCACCGGCGAGGGCUGAUCCAGGACCCUUACUACAGAUUUAAUGACGUUAACUACAGAUGGAUUUCCUUAGAUAACUGGACCUACAGCACGGAGUAUAAAAUCCCCUUUAACCUCAGUGAAUGGCAGAAAGUAAAGUUGAUUUUUGACGGAGUUGAUACAGUUGCAGAAGUUGUGUUCAAUAAUGUCACUAUCGGGAAGACUGGCAACAUGUUCACUGCCUGUAGCUUUGACAUCACCAGUGUGGUCAAAGAUGUGAACUCCCUAAAGCUGCAGUUCCAGUCAGCAGUGCAGUAUGCUGAGCUUCAGAGCAAAGAUCACACCAGCUACCCUGUGCCCCCAAAGUGCCCCCCGAAGGAGCAGAACGGUGAAUGCCAUGUCAACUUUAUCCGCAAGUCACAGUGCUCCUUCAGUUGGGACUGGGCGCCUGCCUUUCCCUCUCAAGGAAUCUGGAAAGAUGUAAGAAUUGAAGCCUAUAACAUCAGUCAUCUGAAUUACCUCACCUUUUUGCCGUUCUAUGAUAACACUUCUGGGGUGUGGAAUAUUGAAAUUGAGGCUUCUUUUGACUUCGUCAGCUCAAAGCCGGUUGGUGGUCAGGUGACCGUAGCCAUCCCUACACUGAAAACACAGCAGACUUUCAAGAUUGAACUCCAUCCUGGGCAAAUGCCUUUUAAACUCCUUGUAAAAAUUAGCAAGGAGGUUGCUGUGGAGACCUGGUGGCCUCAUGGACACGGAAACCAGACUGGGUACAAUAUGACAAUUCUCUUUGUGCUGGACGGAGGCUUAAAUAUUGAAAAAUCAGCCAAGGUUUAUUUCAGAACCGUGCAACUUAUAGAAGAGCCCAUUAAAGGGUCUCCUGGCCUAAGUUUCUACUUCAAAAUUAAUGGGCUUCCUAUAUUUCUGAAAGGCUCAAACUGGAUCCCAGCGGACUCAUUCCAAGAUAAAGUCACUUCCGAAGUGUUGCAGCUCCUUUUGCAGUCUGUCGUGGACGCCAACAUGAACACCCUGCGGGUGUGGGGAGGAGGCAUCUACGAGCAGGACGAGUUCUAUGACCUCUGUGAUAAACUUGGAAUAAUGGUGUGGCAGGACUUUAUGUUUGCCUCUGCCCUCUAUCCAACCGAUGAGGGCUUCAUGGAGUCGGUGAGAACAGAAGCUGCGUACCAGAUCAGGAGACUGAAACCCCACCCCUCCAUCAUCAUAUGGAGUGGUAAUAACGAGAACGAAGUGGCUCUGAGAGUGAACUUGUUCCAUAUAGAGCCCCAUAACUUGAAAACUUACUUCAACGAUUAUGUGACCCUCUAUGUGAAAAACAUCAGAGAGGUUGUCUUAUCAGAAGACGGGAGCCGUCCUUUUAUUGCAUCCAGCCCUACCAACGGGGUCAAAACCAUGGAGGAAGGCUGGAUCGCCGAAGACCCUGAAAGCAUCCGUUAUGGCGAUGUACAUUUUUAUGACUAUUUGAAUGACUGCUGGAAUUGGAGUAUCUUCCCAAAAGCUCGAUUGGUGUCCGAAUAUGGCUACCAGUCAUGGCCUUCCUUUAGCACGCUCAAAAAGGUCUCAUCUAAAGAGGAUUGGUCUUACAGUAGCCACUUUUCCCUUCAUCGACAACAUCAUGCGGAUGGUAACAAUGAAAUGCUUCAACAGGCCCAGCUUCAUUUCAAACUCCCCCAAAGUACAGACCCAUUGCGCAGAUUUAAAGAUACCAUCUAUCUUACUCAGGUGAUGCAGGCCCAGUGUGUCAAAACAGAAACUGAAUUCUACAUGCGCAGCCGGAGCGAGAUAGUGGAUGGAGAUGGCCACACCAUGGGGGCACUUUAUUGGCAGUUAAAUGAUAUCUGGCAGGCUCCUUCCUGGUCCUCUCUUGAGUAUGGAGGAAAGUGGAAAAUGCUGCAUUACUUCGCACAGCGUUUCUUCGCUCCGCUGUUGCCAGUAGGUUUUGAAGACGGAAAUGUGUUUUAUGUCUACGGUGUGUCAGAUCUUCACAGAGACUACACCACGAGGCUCACCGUGAGGCUCUAUACCUGGGGGUCCCUGACGCCUUUGUGCACUCUUGUGACUCCAAGUGCUGUGAUUAAAGCAGGGCAGGCUGUGGUCCUCUACAAGGAGCCGGUGCCUGCGAUGCUCAACAGAUGCAAGACAUGUACGAGGAAAACCUGUGUGGUUUCCUUCUCCCUUUUAACCAACAAUGAACUCUUCAGCCCAACCAACUACCAUUUCCUGUCCUCCCUGAAGGAUGCUAAAGGGCUGGCCAAGGCCAAAAUCACUGUCAACAUCUCUCAGAAGGGUAAUAUAUUUGUUUUUGCUCUGAAGACUUCGGCCAUCGCUCCCUUUGUUUGGUUGGACGUAGGAAGCAUCCCAGGGCGAUUUAGUGAUAACGGCUUCCUCAUGAUUGAGCCAAUGCGUUCUGUUCUAUUUUAUCCUUGGAAGGCCACCAGCAAGAGUGAGCUGCAGCAGGCCUUCAGUGUGACCUCCCUGACAGACCUCUAUGAAGGGACUAGGUUUUAUUUAAGUGGACGCCAGCAUUGAAGCCUUCCUAAAGCAUGGCUGGAGAGGAAGGCAGCCUGAGGAAGAGCUGAAGCAGCCUCGUCAUACCUGCUGGCUGGUGUGCCACUGACUGCCUACUCCUCCAAGACAAGGUCAUGCCCAGGUGUUCUGGCAUCUUCCAGGAUUGUGUUUUUAGAGCUCAGUUCCACAGGUAAAGCACACCCAGAAGAGUUAUUCAGCCUGAUGGCCUUUUGGGGAGCCAGAAGGUUGUGACCUGACAGUAUGUCUGGAACCACAUGUGGCUGUUCUGAAGCAAUGUGGGCCUUUUCUAGCACUGUGAAAUUCUACCCAAUGAUGAUGAAGCAUGUGGCUACCAUUGCCAGAGGAAAUGGGACCUCAGAUGCUUAAAUAGAGAUUGCUUGAUGGCAGCCAUGUUGAUUGCUGUUGGUAGGCAGCAGAGGGACCCAGCUGCUGUCAAUUGAUUUCUAUCCUCAGGUAGAAUUCCUUUUUUCAUAUAGUUUGACAGUGUCUUUUUCUUAAAAGACUGUGAGAGUGUUCUUUCCUUAAAAGGCAAUCUUAGCUGGUAGUGCUGGUACCUUCCUAUAGUCCGAGCACUCUGGAGGCAGAGGCAGGAGGAUCACAAGUUCCAAGUUGGUCUUGACUGCACUGGAAAACUUUCCCCCUCUCUCUGAGCUUUCAUGGGAGCUCAACAGCAGUUCUGAUGAGCUUUCUAAUCCACAGGUCUGAGCUAUAUUUAAAUUCAUUGGCUCUUGUGUAACAAAAAAAAAAAAAAAAAAGUUAAUAAGUAGCUAUUUUGGGUACAGGUGUGUGGGCCUCUUUGGUAUUCUUUUAUACUUUUUCCAUAUGUUUUAAGUUAUACAAAAAGUUAUAGGUUAUGCAAAUUGGAUUGACAACUUGAUAGUUCAUCUGCGCUCUGUUUCACCACUUAAUAAACAUUCCAUGUGUACAA